CGGUCGAAUCCGUGACGUCGUCUACGUGCCGCUCGUCUCGUGUAUCGGCGAACGUUGUGAGAUAAUCGUAACGCGGAUAAAACGCAGACGUGUCGAGCAUGGCUCCGAAGAAGCCCGAGGAACCCGAGCGGAAGCCGCUUAUCGGUCGCGUUGGUACUAAUUUAAAGAUGGGCAUAGUCGGAAUACCGAAUGUGGGGAAGUCGACCUUCUUCAACGUUCUCACCAAGAGCCAAGCAGCGGCCGAGAAUUUCCCCUUCUGCACCAUCGAUCCUAAUGAAAGUCGCGUUCCGGUGCCCGACACGAGAUUCGACUACCUCUGCGAAUACUUUAAACCAGCUAGUAAAGUUCCCGCCUUCCUGCACGUAAUGGACAUCGCUGGACUGGUGAAAGGCGCCUCCGAGGGACAAGGCUUAGGAAACAGUUUUCUCUCGCACGUCGGAGCGUGCGACGGCAUAUUUCAUCUUUGUCGUGCCUUUGAGGACGACGAUGUCACUCACAUUGAGGGUGAUGUCAACCCCGUAAGGGACCUCGAUAUCAUCAGCGAGGAGUUACGACUGAAGGACGUGGAAUUUUUGAACGUACACCUCGAGAAGCUCGAGAAGCUCGUGAUACGUGGUAAUGACAAGAAGCUAAAACCUGAAUACGAUACGCUUCUGAAGGUAAAGGGCGUCCUGACGGACGAGAAAAAACACAUCAGGUUUGCCGAUUGGAGUGCCAAUGAUAUCGAAGUAUUGAACAAAUAUCUGUUCCUUACGUCAAAACCGAUUAUCUAUCUGGUAAACCUGUCGGAAAAGGAUUACAUACGCAAGAAGAACAAAUGGUUAAUCAAGAUAAAAGAAUGGGUCGACAAGAACGACCCGGGCGCGGUGUUAAUCCCUUUCAGCGGCGUCUUCGAAAACAAGAUUCUCGAUAUGGACGAGGCGGAGCGCGCAAAAUACUUCGAGGAACACAAAGUCACCAGUGCACUUGACAAAAUCAUCGUACAAGGAUACAAGGCGCUACAGCUGCAAUAUUUCUUCACGUCUGGUCACGAUGAAGUCAAAGCGUGGACAAUUCAGAAAGGAAUGAAAGCGCCUCAGGCUGCUGGCAAGAUACACACGGAUUUCGAAAAGGGAUUUAUUAUGGCGGAAGUGAUGAAAUUUGAAGAUUUUAAGAACGAGGGCUCGGAAGGAGCAGUAAAGGCCGCCGGAAAGUACAGACAGCAAGGACGUAAUUAUGUAGUUGAGGAUGGCGACAUUAUUUUCUUCAAGUUCAACGCAGGCGCCGGGUUGAAAGACGCGAAGAAGAAGUGAUGGCACGCAUUUCUCAUGUUGUUGCUCGUCCAUCUGUACAUCAACAUGAUCCUGUUGUCCUGUUGCAUGCAUUACCCGCGCGUCGAUCAAUCUAAUUCGCUCCCCGAUCCUCCUUGACUCUCUCAUUCAUGAUAGGCAUGUAUACGUGCUAAUGAUAACGACAAUGGUAAUUAUUUUUAUAUUUUUAUUCUGCAGAAUCUAGAAAAAUUAAUCGUGCUACGUUUGCAAGACGUUUUAUUGAUGUAAUUCAAUAUUCUCGCUCAAAAUUAUGCAUAGAGAACAACGCACUCGAUGUCCACAUAUUAUUUCUUUUGUAAAGAACAACGUUGUCUACAUAAAAAAAGGAGAUAGCAUUUCAUGUUUAUUUCUGUGUACAUAAUUAGCUGAUUAUGUAGAUUGCAUUCUAUAUUUUUUGUCUUUGGUUGUGAAAAUGUGCCGACAGGGAAAAAAAGGAAAAUGAGAAGAAAGGAGAUGACGUGUACGUAAAGCAUUUCUUUGUACUCUUCUGUAUUUAUUCUACAAAUAUUAAACUACAUUGACAUUUAAA